GAUAACAAUGGCUGGCGAGCGGAGAGGAGUUGGGGAAUUGUGAGGGUGAGGGAGGGGGAGUGGGCGCUCGCGAUUCCAGGUGGCCGCUGGGACAGGAUUCCCCCCAAAUGGCGGAUUUCGUCGUGCAGCGGCACAGCGCCGUGAUGGAGCGCCUCCGCCGGCGGAUUGAGCUGUGCCGGCGGCACCACGGCUCCUGCGAGUCCCGCUUCGACGCCGUGUCCGGAGAGCGGCUGGAGAGAGAGCGGCAGCACACCUUCCAGCUCCACCAGCGCUGCCUGCAGGCCAAGGCCAAGCGAGCCGGCAAGCACCGGCAGCCGCCACCGGCAGACACGGGGGCCGGCAGGGGGAGCCAGGCCGGCACCGGCAGCAUGGACAGUGCGGACACCGGGGGGGCAGCCGGCAACGGGGAGCAGUGCAGGAACAGCACCCUGAUCGCGCAGCUCCAUGAAACUGUUAAACGAAAGUUAGACAAUGCAUCUUCACCACAAAAUGGGGAACAACAGAAUGGCUAUGGAGACAUGUUUUCUGUGCCCAAGAAACUUAGGCAUGAUGAUGGACUUACAGGAGUAAUUGGGUCUUCAAAUGGGAUUCCUCCUGGCUCACCUCUUCAUCAGCUGGACAGCAAACCUCCAAAUGGAGACUCUUUGCAGCUCAAUGGAAACCACUCAAUUGGACUAGAUGGAGUUAAUAAAAAGUGUCUUUCAGAUGCAGCUCUGCAGCUUAAUGGUGAUGCGGAUGAGUUUUCCCUUUGCUUGGGGAAAGAGAUGAAGCAGGAGCCAGUGGAUGAUCUACCGUGUAUGCUUUCAGCCGUUGGUGGUUCCAUGUCUCAGAAUAACUUACCCGAUUUAAAUCUAAAUGAGCAGGAAUGGAAAGAACUCAUAGAAGAACUAAACAAAUCUGUACCCGAUGAAGAUAUGGGUGACCUUUUCAGUGGAGGUUUUGAAGACAAAAAAGACACGGAUGCCUCAAACUCAGCAACACAGACUCCCCUUGCUCAAGAUAUUCAUGUAAAGAGUGAGUUUUCUCCAGCAUUUGAGCAGGAGUCCAUUGGAUCUCCACAAGUGAGGUCUGCAUCAUCGGGUCCCUAUAUUGGAAACUCUUCAGUGCCUGGCAGUGCAUCACCGGUAGUAGGUGGUAAUCACACUGUGUUCCAGCCAUCUGCUCAAACGGUUACGGAUUCUACCAAUCAGACUAUGAUGCAAUCUACUAACCAAGCACCAAAUGUGCAGAGAUCUCUAUCCAAUGUAUUAAUGCCUGGACAAGCAGCUGGAAGUGCCAAAGAAAUGUCCUCUGCGCACCAACUUCAGCAGAUAGCAGCUAAACAAAAACGGGACCAGUUAUUGCAGAAUCAGCCACAAGUUCACCAAACCAGUCAGAUGACGAGUUGGCCACAGUCUCGUUCCUCUCAGAGUCCUCUUGGAGUUCCGUACAACAUGGAGAAGCCAACCAGUCCUUCUCUUUACCAACAAGACUUUAACAAUCAGAAACUAAUGAUGCAGAACAUGAACAAGAGUUCUCCACGUAGUGCAAGUAAUUACAUGCAGGCAAACCAUGUAAACAUGAUUGGUCACAAGCCGCCAAAUAAUAUAAACCCUGCUCAGGUUCCGGGCCCAAAUUCUAUGCUGGACUAUGGCAACACAAAACCCCUGUCCCAUUUUGAGGUGGACUGUGGUCCAGGGGUAACAGCAGCACAGAAUCAGAGCAAAACGGUUAUGCUGACAUAUCUUCAGCAACGCCAGCAGCAACAAUUGCCUCAUAUGACUGAGGAGCAAAAUCAAAUGUUCAUGAUGAAGAGAAAAGCUGGAAUUCCUUAUAGGCCUUUAGUACCACAUGGCCAGGACCAGAACUCACAACCUGGUGUUCCCCGUCUUCCUGUUUCGUCAUCAGGACCAGGUGUGGGCACACAACCAUCAGCAGUCACUAUGGCUGGUAACCACAAUAAUGGCUACCUGAACAGCCAGCAGCAAGCGGUAAUGAAGCAGCAGUUAAUGAUGGAGCAGAAGCAAAGGGAGCAGAAGCAGUUACUAAUGGAACAAAAGCAGAGGGAGCAGUACCACUUAAUGGGACAAAGACAGCAGCAACAACUAUUGGCUGAACAGGAAAAGCAGAGACACCAACAGGAGCAACAAUUACAGCGGCAUUUGACCAGACCUCCACCUCAAUACCAGGAUCAACCUCAGAGCGCAUAUCCACAGCAACAAAUUGGUCCUUUUCCAGGGUCUUCUUCAGUGAUGCCUGCAGUAAACAAUCUGAAUCAUCCCUCCUCUGGAAGUCCACGUAUGUUUUCACAGGCACAGCCAAUAAUUCAGAUUGGUGGUGGACAUGCAUCUGUGCCACAGUUGCCAUCUGGUUCGAACUCCCAAGACAGGGCUGUUAAACAGUACCCCAAUUUGCAGAGCGUGCAGCGAGGUGCCUUGUAUAACAUGGGAUCUGGUAUUCCACAAAUGGUGCCAAAUCAUGGAGCUCAAAAUAACAUACCUAAUGGACAGCCUCAAAUUCAGAGGUCAACAAGUAUGGGUCAAGGAAACAGUCUUCCUGCUGGUUAUGGACAGAAUCCUAUGGGAAAUGCUGGCUUGCAACCUCAGCACAGUAAAGGAGGAAUGAAUCCUGCGCUGUCUAAGGCUCAACUUCCAAGAAUGCCUGCAGCAAUGGUUUCACAGAACCCUGUGUGGCAGCAUCAGGGCAUGCAAAAUAUAAAUAACCAGGCUCAAGGAAAUAAUGUCUUGGGUGCAUUUACAGCUGCCAAUGCUGGAUUUCAUCUCCAGCAGAAUCAUCACAAAAUGGCAAACCAACAGUUUGGACAAGGCUUGUCACAGGUUGGCCUUGGGGCUAAUCGACCUAUGACAUCAAUAAACACGAACGUCCCUGGUCAGAUGAUACCAAAUCUGACAACCCAACAAAGGACAAAUCCUGCUACUCAACAGUCUGCACCCAACCAGCAGGUAUUACAAGUGAUGAACCAAGCAGUGCCAGAACUGGCACCCUUUAGCCAAAAUCCUGGUCAGCAAAUGAGUAAUCGAGCUGGUCUUCAUUGUAACCAGAAUUACCAGGUGAGAUCGACAAGUCAGGAACUGCCGUUUGGGUAUGGCAGUCAGUCUGGAAAUGGUGCAUUACAGAAUUUAUCUGGGGAUGCUGAUUUGUUGGACUCUUUAUUAAAAAACAGGACUUCAGAAGAGUGGAUGAAUGAUUUGGAUGAGCUGCUGGGGAAUCAUUGAU